AUGGCAGACGAGGAAGUUCAAGAUCUGAAACGGGAAAAUUUUAAUUUGAAAUUACGUAUUUAUUUUCUCGAAGAACAAAAUCAAGUCGCUGGAAGUCAUGAAUAUGCAACGCGAACAACAUACGUGCAUCAACUCGAAAAUGAACUCGAACAACUUCGCCGACGCCUUUGUUCCCAAUCAACACAAAGUGAUGUUGUCCCUCAAACAGUUUACAACUUCGGCUACGACGAUGAACGACGGGCAUUUCGCGAAGAAUUGGAAAAAUAUCGUAAAGAUAACGAACAGCUCCGUCAAAUGUUGCAUCGGUACAAGGCACAAGCCGACAAUCGACUUGGGCAAAGUACUCUGACCAUGGCAACAUCGGUCGAUUCAGCGUUAGACAAAACGCCGUCUGGAAUGUCAAGUACAUUUUUCAAUUCGAAUAGUUUGCAGGUAGAAUUAGACGAAAGUAAAGAACGAGAGAGAAAAUUACAAGAGCAAGUUUAUUCAUUACGACAACAACUUGACUCAUCGAAACCGAAAUUGAACGAUUUAAACAAAACGAUUGCCGAACUCGAUCAUGCUCGUCGACAGAUUCAGCAAUUUGAAAUCGAAAUUCAAAAUUAUCAGCAACAACAAUCGAAAGCCGAACGAGUUCUCCAACGUUUACAAUCGGAAUAUGAUGCGCAAAUAUCUCGAUUGGUUGAGCAACAGCAAAACCAAACGGCUGAUUAUGAAAAGUAUCGUCAAGAGUCAUUAAUAGCUCGAAUUCGUCUUUCUUAUCCUACGCACGAUCAAAUGAGUGCGAAUGUGAACAUCGAUGAGUACCAACAGGCGUUGAAUAAUCGAGACCGAAUAAUCGAACAAUUAGAAGAAGCGAUCGCGGAAAUCACAACUCGGUUACGGACGCCAUUCACAUUGAUGCUUUCAUCGACUGUGACUUCCACAGGUUGGCAAGAUGAAAAAAGUCAAAACCUAAUUCAGGAAUUAAAUACACAGAUGCAAAGCCAUUUGGAGACAAUUGAGCAAUUACGAGCUGAAUGUAUCGAACUUCGUCAAGGUGAAAAACAUCUACGAAAUCAAAUCGACGGAUUAACUCAUCUAAUCAACACACCUGUUCGCAAUCCUGAAUUACCUCCACUACCUCGUCCAUCUUCUUCGACACCAAAGGCCAUUGAUAACAUUGAAGACGCACAACAACUCGAAGCUCUGCAAACUGCAAUCGUUCAAAUCACAUUACAACUUCGAAGUGAUGCAGAAAACGUCUCUGGUUUAACAAACCGCGUUGCACAAAUUCUACGAGAUCGGGAUGAAUGGCAAUACAAAAUCAAUCGAUUACAAGAUGAGCUUGAACAAAAAACAACUCGAAUUCUGCAAUUGGAAAAACGCGAACGUGAAUAUGAAAAUCAAGGUCAUCAACAAUAUUCCGUACAAAUCGAAACAUUACAACGUGAGAUCAAAACUCUACAAGAUCAGCUUAGAGAUCGCGAACGUUCAAUGAAUGAGAUUCGAAUGGAAAAGGAAACUCUUCGAAGUCAAUCACGAAAAGAUUAUGAAAAAUUUGAUAAUAUUCAUAAUCAAGAGAAACAGAAUCUUCAAGGUCAAUUGAGAGAACUUGAAAAUGCACGCAACGAUCUGAAACGGGAAUUGGAAAAUGAACGAAGACGAUUUGAUGAUUUACAACGAAAAUACGAAAAAAUUACAUCAACGAGCGAAACUCAAGUCGAACAAAUGGAACAAGAAAUUCAAAAACAACGAAGACAAAUCGAAACAUUCAAUGUUCAAAUCCGUGAAAUGGAGAAUACUUUUCUUACUGAACGACGUCAACUCGAACGUGAAAGAGAUUUCGAAAAGAAUAAAUCAAUUGAAAUUCAAAAUACACUGAACACAACCAAUCGACGCUAUUCAGAAUUACAAGCGGAUUUCGAUCGAAUCAAAGAACACUCAGGUGAUGAACUACAAACUCUCAGACGAGAAAAUCAAUCGUUGCAAGAGAGUUUACGUGUUAGUGAAAAUAAAUUACAUGACUUAACCCGAAGAAACGAGGAUUUCAAAUCUCAAGUGUCUGUGUACGAACAUCGUUUUCAAGAUACGGAAGACAGUGAUCGACGACAUCGAAAUGAAAAUGCUCGAUUACAGAAUGAACUACAAGAAAUAACACGAGAAAAUGAGAAUUUAACUCGUGAAAUAAAUGAAACAAGACGAAGAUAUGAAACCGUCAAAUUGAAUUUCAGCGACACCCAAACUACCAUCGAAAAGAUCGGAAUCGAAAACAAGAAUAUCCAACACGAAAAUACUCAACUCAAACGUGAAAUUGACGAAUUAUCCGUGCAAAUUCGUAUACAAAUUCAAACGGAAUACGAAGAAGAACUUCGCCAAUUAAGUGCUCGUACAGAAUCGCAAAUCCAAAAUACUGAAAAAGACAAACGAGCUAUUCUAUUUGACCUCGAACAGUCGAAUAUUGAAAAGCAACGCUUAACCGAUCGAUUGCAAUCAGUUGAAUACAACUUAAAACAAGCUAAUCAAACUAUAGCCGACUACGAAAAUGAUAUCAAACGUUUGAAACAAGCGAUCAAUACAUCACAGGAACGAACCGAACAAAUCGAACGGGAAAUCUCUCGGGCGUAUACCACCGAAUUGAAAUCAAAGACUAAUCGUUUACAAGACUUCGAGAAUAAAUAUCGCGCACUGGAAAGCCAAUUAAGUCAAUAUGAGAUAACAAUACAGGAUCUUCGAGCAGAAAAAGCCAAACAGAUCGAGUGCAACGAUCGUCUUCAACAUGAUUUCGAUCAGUAUCGAUACGAGCAACAAAAGCACAUCGAUGAUGUUGCAAAGAAAAAUUCAACAUUGUAUGAAGAACAUAUUCGACGAGAGGUUCUCGCAGCUAUUGAAAACAAACAAGAACUGAUUGCAGAACUUGAAAGUCAACUACGCGAACGAGAUAAUCAAAUCAAGAAACUUCAACAGGAGCUUGCGUCAUACGAACCGAAAGAUCUUCGAUUUGAACUUGAAAUUCGUAUUGAACAAUUAGAAGAAGAGAUUCAUCGACAAGAACGCUCAAUUCAAAACUUCGAUCAAACUGUUCGAGACAAAGAACGACAAAUCGAAAAACUUCGGGACAAAAUUCAAGAAAGUGAGAAUAGCACUACGAAUACAAUUGAAACAUUGCAAAUUGAAAUUCAAAAGCGAGAUCGACAAAUUGAAAAGAUCGCAAAUGAUAAAAAAUAUGAUGUUAGUGGAUUCGAACGGCAGAUAAACGAAUUACAAGUUGUUAUUCGCGAUCGAGAACGUGAAAUCGUUGAUAUAAACGAUAAACUACGCCAGAUUGAACGUGAAUAUGAUACUCAACAACGUGAAUUAAAAGACUGUCGACAAAAACUUGACAAUUCAAACAUCAAGUUGAACGUUGCAAUUGAACAAAACGAAGCUCAUUUAGAACGAAUUAAACAUUUAGAAAAGAAACUUGAAGGAACUUCUAAUCGCACUCAAACAUCAGAACAAACUCUUCAUUUACAAACCGUUAUCGAAGACCUCAAAGCUCAACUUCGACAACGCGAAGAUUCACUCAAGGGUCUUCAACGAACGAUUGCUGAUUGUGAUAGUGAAUUAAAAGAAACUCGCCAUAUUUACGACACACUUCACAGCGAACAUAGCAGAAUGCAACUUCGUUAUGAACAAAUGGAUAAACAAUACAAGGCCGAAUUAACAGCGCGUGAUCAAACUAUCGAUUCAUUACAAACUAAACUAGCAAGAAAAGAACAAGAUUCGAAAUACAGUACCAUAGGAGCAUUAGUUCCUACGGAUCAGUCAUGGAAAUUAGAAAUUCAAAAGAGAGACGAAGUUAUUGAUGAAUUAAAACGAAAAUUAGAUCAAGCGAAUAAGAGCAGAUCUCCUGUUGGACAGACCAAAUCUUCCAACUAUGAAUAUGCUCGACGCAUCGAAAUUCGACCUCGUCUUGAUUCGAAGAAUUUCUCUCAAUUGAAUCGUGAAGAACUUCAAUAUGAACUUGACAUGGCUUUACAACAAAACGAAGAACUAAUUAAACAAUUAGCACAGAAAUCACCUAACAUAACCGAAUUACACAAUCAAAUAGUCGUCAUACGCAAAGAACUAGCACGACAAAAGUAUGUCAAUCAAGUUCUAUGGAGAAAACUUGACGCCUUAAGUGAUAUCUAUGGUUCAAAUACUCGAGCUGAAUUAGCUGAUGAAUUAGUCAACUAUCAACCCGAACUCGAAGCGUUGAAGUCGAAACAAUAUGGUAGCAGUACCGUUUAUGUUUCUGCACCCAACUUGAAUCUACGCGAUUCUUCUUCGAAACGACAGUUUCGUGAUUAUGAAGAAGAAUCGCAACACAAAGCUUUAAUUACGAAGAAAUCAAAUGAAGAAAUCGUUUGUUCUGAAUAUAAACGUAAAUUAGAAGAACUUCAAAACAUUAUUCGUCAGCAAAACCAGCAUAUCCAACAACUUCAGACACGCGUUCAGAUCUCUACACCUGAUAUACUUCAAUCAUCAACAUUAGAGAAACUAACGGAAGAAAACAAGAAAUUGCAUCUUGUUAGCGAUACGUACAAAGCUGAAACAGAGGCAUUGAAAUGUGAACUUAACAAAAACUACUCAACUAUUGAAUACAGCCGCGGAGCAUUGAAACAGUAUGAAAAUGUUAUUAAAGAUCAACAGAAGUACAUUGAUCAAAUCAACUAUCGACUUCAGCAACGUGAACAAUCAUCCACAAAACAAAGCUUCCUCUCAUCCGAACAAGUAUUCAACAAGCUCGAAGACUUAAUAAUCAAUUUAGAUAUUGAUAUUUUACCAAUCGACGAUAAUCCGACAAAAACAUCGAUCAACAAAAAAGAAACAGCUGCUGUCAGCACGAUCGACAGUGCACGUUACACAUCCAUGAAAAACGAUUAUCAACAACUGAUAAAUGAAAAAGAUGAUGAAAUUCGGCAGCUUCAGAAACAAUUGAGCGAUUUAAGAAAAGCACAUGAAAAUGAAAUGAAUCAAUAUCAACGUAAAUACGAAAGAAUUCAAAUUGAGAGUCAAAAUGGUAAACAGAAUGAACAGUUAAAAGCCACUCAACAGCAACUUGAACAAGCGCAAGAUCAAAAUCAGAGAUUACGUAAUGAAAUUAAAUCACUACAACAUGAACUGUCAAGUCAAAAGGAACUAAUUGCGCAUUAUGACAAGCAAAUUAGUUUACUGGAAAAACAAAUCUCUUCGCGUGAUAAUGGCAAAGGUGAAAUGACUGUCCGAACGAAUGAAAUGUCUGGAUUAUUGGAAGAAAUGCGUCAUCUCCGUCAGGAUCUCGAAGGAAGUAUCAAUCGACAGAAUGAAUUGCAGAUCAAAUUAGAUGAGAACAUUCGUCUAACAAAAGCGCCACGUGAAUUUACAUUUUCUGGUCGCGGUGUUUCAUAUCCUGAUCUUCGUGUAAUUGAUGCGUCAGCAUCAGUGAGUAGCGCGGAGAACUAUUUUAUCACCAGUAUGACGGAAGAAAAGCGUUCGAGACCUUUGGGUUCGUCGACCAUUGAAUUCGAAACUGAACGAACAGGCAGUUUAGAUAAAUUAUAUGCAAUUGGUGAACUGGAAAAUCAUGAAAAUCUUCGACGAUUGAUUGUUGAAAUUAGAAAUCAAUUGAAAGCAGUCGAAAGCCAACUCCAAGAACGAGCUCGAUCAAAAACUAUUUCAUCGAUUGCUGAUCCAUCGGUUCAAUGGCUUGAACAACGUUUACAAGCACUCAAUCAAUGUGUGACACUUCUCGAACGAAUCUAUCAGCUCGUUGAAACAUACCGUACGACACAACUACCAGCUAAGACGAACUCUGAUGAACGUCUCGUAGCUGAAAAUAAAGAACUUCGACAAUCUCUAUCGAAAUGUUCGCAAGAUUUGCAAUCAUUGAAGCAAAAAUACAAAGAUCAAACGGUUCAUCUCGAACAAGUCUUAGGGCAAUUAACGAAAGCAAACUACAAAAAAUCUAAUACAGACGAUUAUUUGGCUUUGCUACUCCGGCCAACAUUAGAUGCUUUGCAAAAAGCUCGUUCGAAUAUGGAAUAUCAUUUGAAAGAGUCAAACAAGAUCUACCAAACACCUACAAAAACUUUGCAAUCCCAUCGACGACAUCGAACGAAUCGUUUCGAUUAG